UUUCCAUAAUAAUAUCUUUGGUAUAUUAUAGAAUACAGACCGUCUAUGUACUGUAACUUCAAACUUUUUACUUUUUGUUUAUACUAUGAGUUGAUAACAUUUUUCAAUCUGAAAUAUUUGUAUUCUGUUACGUGUAUCAACGAUUGAACUUUAAAAUCAGUAGUCGUCACAGCAAAUAUAAGAAAUUUUUGGGAGGAUCACUUUGUUGUUACAGUUUACAUACAUAACAAGUGAAAAAUGCCAGGAUUAGCAACCAUGUCUCUUGAUAAUAUGUUUUGUACCCGCUGCUCAGAUGGCUUUGAACCAAAUGAGAAAAUUGUAAAUUCCAAUGGAGAACUUUGGCAUACUAAUUGUUUUGUAUGUGCCCAAUGUUUCCGGGUGUUUCCAGAGGGAAUAUUUUAUGAAUUUGAAGGACGCAAGUAUUGCGAACGCGAUUUCCAGGUGCUAUUUGCACCAUGCUGUGGAAAAUGCGGUGAAUUUGUAAUUGGACGCGUCAUCAAGGCCAUGAACGCCAAUUGGCACCCGGCUUGCUUCCGUUGUGAAGAGUGCAAUAUGGAGCUGGCUGAUGCUGGUUUCAUUAAACACGGUGGCCGAGCGCUCUGCCACAGUUGCAAUGCUCGCAUCAAGGCCGACGGAUUGCAGAACUACAUGUGCCAUAAGUGCCAUGGUGUGAUCGAUGGGGAACCACUCCGCUACCGCGGGGAAGUGUACCACGGUUACCACUUCACGUGCGCCACUUGUGGAGUAGAGCUGGAUCAUACUGCCAGAGAGGUGAAGCAUCGUCCAGGCUACGCUGCUAAUGACGUGAACAAUCUAUUCUGCCUUCGUUGUCACGAUAAAAUGGGCAUUCCGAUUUGUGGAGCUUGUCGCCGUCCUAUUGAAGAGAGAAUUGUUACGGCGUUGGGAAAACACUGGCAUGUUGAGCAUUUUGUGUGCGCCAAAUGCGAGAAACCGUUCCAUGGUCAUCGACAUUAUGAGAAGAAGGGACUUGCUUAUUGCGAACAGCAUUACCACCAGCUGUUCGGCAAUUUAUGUUAUGUAUGCAACCAAGUUAUUGCUGGUGACGUGUUUACGGCGCUGAACAAGGCGUGGUGCGUGCAUCACUUCGCGUGCUCGGUGUGCGACGCGGCGCUGAGCACGCGCAGCAAGUUCUACGAGUACGACGAGCGGCCCGCGUGCCGCCGCUGCUACGAGAAGUUCCCCGCCGAGCUGCGCCGCCGCCUGCGUCGCGCGCAUCACUACACCGUGCGCCGCUAGGAGCGUCUGCGCAUUGCCUUCCCUUAUUCCAUAUUUGCUUGUUAUAAAUUAUUUAAUCGACAAAUAACAAGUUACGAGUUAUAUUUGCGUAUCUUUGGUGCUUAAUAAAUUUUAUAUUAGACUAUAUAGAUCUGGGUACUAUGUUCAAUUUGCAAUUAAUAAUGACAGCUGCAAGAUUCGAAUUCUGUUAUACAAACAUUAACAGCUGAAAUCAAUUGAAGUAUGAUCAAUUAAUGUACUGUAGGUACUUUUAAUACCUAUCUCGCCUCUACUAUUCAAAUAAUGUGCCUUACAAAAUUGUAUGAUUAUAAGUUCCAAAUAAUAUGAAGUAAUUGUUAUUAUUUUCUAAAAUAUAUUUAACUAAGAUAGUUGUAAGAGUAUAUGUGACUACUAUAAUAUUUGCACAAUUGUAAGUUUUAUCAACUGACAUAUUUUUGUAGCUUAAAAAUAUACUAACUUUAUUUUAACACAGUAAAAUUAAAUACAAUUAAUUAAAUAAUAUUACUAAACAA